GGGGUGCAUUGUGGGAAGGAGGCGGCAGCGUCCCGGGCGGGCUGGAGGUGCAGCAGCGGCGGCGGCGGCGGUAAAUCCUCCCGGCCGCAUACAGCACUGUGGAGCCGCGGCCCCAGCCCAGCCUCGGCCCGCGCGCCCCUCCUGCCCCUCGCGGCUUCGCGCGCCAGCCCCUCCUCCGCGCGCGGCCUUGCGGAGCCGGCCGGCCGGCCCAGCUCCCCUCCCCGGCCCCGCGGGGCGGCCGCGCUGCCCUGACGAGGCGGGGAGGGGAGGGCUGGACCGGCCGGCGGCCGGACGACCAUGCCGAACUUCUGCGCUGCCCCCAACUGCACACGGAAGAGCACGCAGUCUGACCUGGCCUUCUUCAGGUUCCCGCGGGACCCGGCCAGAUGCCAGAAGUGGGUUGAGAACUGUAGGAGAGCAGACUUAGAAGAUAAAACACCUGAUCAACUAAAUAAACAUUAUCGACUAUGUGCCAAACACUUUGAGACCUCUAUGAUCUGUAGAACUAGUCCUUAUCGAACAGUUCUCCGAGAUAAUGCAAUACCAACAAUAUUUGACCUUACCAGUCAUUUGAACAAUCCACAUAGCAGACACAGAAAACGAAUAAAAGAAUUGAGUGAAGAUGAAAUCAGGACUCUGAAACAGAAAAAAAUUGAGGAAACUUCUGAACAAGAACAGGAAACUAACAGCAAUGCUCAGAACCCCAGUGCAGAAGUGGGGAACCAGCAGGAUGGAAAUGUGUUGCCUUUAACCCUUGAAGAGAAGGAGAACAAAGAGUACCUCAAAUCGUUAUUUGAGAUUCUGAUUCUCAUGGGAAAGCAGAACAUUCCCUUGGAUGGGCACGAGGCUGACGAGAUCCCGGAGGGUCUCUUUGCUCCAGAUAACUUCCAGGCACUCCUGGAGUGCCGCAUCAAUUCUGGAGAAGAGGUCCUGAGGAAGCGCUUUGAGACAACAGCGGUCAACACGUUAUUCUGCUCUAAAACUCAGCAGAGGCAGAUGCUGGAGAUCUGUGAGAGCUGCAUUCGGGAGGAGACACUCAGGGAAGUGAGGGACUCACACUUCUUUUCCAUUAUCACAGACGAUGUGGUAGACAUAGCAGGAGAGGAGCACCUGCCUGUGCUGGUGAGGUUUGUCGAUGACGCUCAUAACCUAAGAGAGGAGUUUGUAGGAUUUCUGCCGUAUGAAGCUGAUGCAGAGAUUUUGGCUGUAAAAUUUCACACUACAAUAACUGAGAAAUGGGGACUGAAUAUGGAGUAUUGUCGUGGUCAGGCUUACAUUGUGUCCAGUGGAUUUUCUUCCAAAAUGAAAGUUGUUGCUUCAAGACUUUUAGAAAAAUAUCCCCAGGCUGUCUACACCCUCUGUUCUUCCUGUGCCUUAAAUGCAUGGUUGGCAAAAUCUGUCCCUGUGAUCGGGGUGUCCGUGGCUUUAGGGACCAUUGAGGAAGUCUGUUCUUUUUUCCAUCGAUCACCACAGCUGCUUUUAGAACUUGACAAUGUAAUUUCUGUUCUUUUUCAGAAUAGUGAAGAACGGGCUAAAGAACUGAAGGAAAUUUGUCAUUCCCAGUGGACAGGCAGGCAUGAUGCCUUUGAAAUCUUAGUGGAUCUCUUACAAGCACUUGUCUUAUGUUUAGAUGGUAUAAUAAAUAGUGACACAAAUAUUAGGUGGAAUAACUAUAUAGCUGGACGAGCAUUUGUACUCUGUAGUGCAGUAACAGAUUUUGAUUUCAUUGUUACCAUUGUUGUUCUUAAAAAUGUGUUAUCUUUUACAAGAGCUUUUGGGAAGAAUCUCCAGGGACAAACCUCUGAUGUCUUCUUUGCAGCCAGCAGCUUGACUGCCGUACUGCAUUCACUUAACGAAGUGAUGGAAAAUAUUGAAGUUUAUCAUGAGUUUUGGUUUGAGGAAGCCACAAAUUUAGCAACCAAACUUGACAUUCAAAUGAAACUCCCAGGGAAGUUCCGGAGAGCCCAGCAAGGUAACCUGGAAUCUCAGCUGACCUCUGAGAGUUACUAUAAGGACACUCUCAGUGUUCCAACAGUAGAGCACAUUAUUCAGGAACUUAAAGACAUUUUCUCUGAGCAGCAUCUCAAAGCUCUGAAAUGCCUGUCUCUGGUACCCUCAGUGAUGGGGCAGCUCAAAUUCAACACAUCAGAAGAGCACCACGCUGACAUGUACAGAAGCGACCUCCCCAAUCCUGACACUCUCUCUGCCGAGCUUCACUGUUGGAGAAUCAAGUGGAAACACAGAGGAAAAGAUAUUGAGCUUCCGUCCACCAUUUAUGAAGCCCUCCAUCUUCCUGACAUCAAGUUUUUCCCUAAUGUAUAUGCUUUGCUGAAGGUCCUGUGUAUUCUCCCUGUGAUGAAAGUUGAGAAUGAGCGCUAUGAAAAUGGACGGAAACGUCUCAAAGCAUACUUGCGGAACACUCUGACAGACCAGAGGUCAAGCAAUUUGGCUCUUCUUAACAUAAAUUUUGAUAUAAAACAUGAUUUAGAUUUAAUGGUGGACACAUACAUCAAACUCUAUACAAAUAAAUCAGAGCUUCCUACAAAUAAUUCAGAAACCAUUGAAAAUACCUAAAAGAUUUUUUAAAUGGCUAUUGUCUUAUUUUGCUGUUUGGAAGGAAAGCUGUAAGGUAUAGUAGGCCAGUUAAUAACUUGCUGAUAGACCCCAGUUUAACACACCAUUAACUGUUGCUAAUCCACAUCUUUAAAUGGCCCGUUUGAACUCUCAGGCUUUCAAUACCUGUCUGUUCUUCCAGAAGUUGGCAUUGGGAGUACCAAGAUGUGUCUCUGCUAGUGGCACUCUGGAAAUGAUUUAGUUAAGUCAUUUUAGGGGCUGGAGAGAUGACUCAGUGGUUUAGAGCACUGACUGCUUUUCCAGAGGUCCUGAGUUCAAUUCCCAGAAACCACGUGGUGGCUCACAACCAUCUGUAAUGGGAUCCGAUGCCCUCUUCUGGUGUGUCUGAAGAGAGCAACAGUAUACUCAUAUACAUAAAUAAAUAAAUCUUUGUUUUUAAGUCAUUUUAGAUAUGACAUUAUCACUGUCCAUCUAGUUGUCAGUUAUUAAGUUAUCAGGUCUUUGGAAAAUGAACUUUGUGAGAGAAAUGCAUUUUAUAAUGUGUCAUGAUGAAAUACACCAUUGGCUUUUGGAGUUAUAGGUGUUUCAAAUCUGUGGUAGCAGCACUUGGAAGGCAGAGGCAUGAGGAUAACAAGUUUUAGGCCAGCCUGGAUUAUAUAGUGAGAGCCUGUUUCAAAGUACAAGUGAGGACUGGGGUGGAGCUUAGUGUGGAGUGCUUGCCUAGCAUGUGCAAGCACUAGGCUCUAGCCUCAUUCAGGACUGCAAAAGCAAAACAACAGAUCAGCUUGUAACGGGCAGUCACAGGAAGUAAGGAGCAGCCUUCUGUGUGUCUUCUGUCAGGGCCGAAGAACCUCAGAGGAACAAGUCAAAGUCGGAACGGCAGAGCCAGGCCCUGUUGCUCCUCAUCCGACUGUUGCUGCUUAUGUGCCUGCUGAGCCUACAUCUUCAUAGGCUGUUUGCUCUUCACUUCUGCUUCAUGGGAAGACAGGCCAGAGGCCAUCCGUAUAGGCAACCGUCUGUUUCCGUCUUCUCUUUACAUGAUUAUGUCUACUGUCUUGUCUUGAUUUAUAAGCAAAACCUCCAGAAAUAAAUGUUUUGUGGUUUAUCUAAAAAUAAUACAGAAGAUAUUGCUGUUAUUUUUGGUGAAUAAAAUGAAUUUUGUAUAGUUUAUUUCAAUCUAAAUAAAAUGUGAAUUUUGUUUAAA